GCGGCCCCGCCUCGCUCGGACGCGGCUACGGCCCGCAGCGGUUCGCCGCCGGGACGCGGGGGGCGCAGGGCCCCGGACGGUGCGUCCGGCCUCGCCCGCGACUCCUCGCCCGGACAAGUUUGAACAAUGAUCACAGUCAACCCUGAUGGGAAGAUAAUGGUCAGAAGAUGCCUGGUCACCCUGAGACCCUUUCGGCUUUUCAUCCUGGGCAUCGGCUUCUUCUCACUCUGCUUCCUGAUGACGUCUCUGGGAGGCCAGUUCUCUGCCCGGCGCCCCGGGGACUCCCCCUUCACCAUCCGCACAGAAGUGACAGGUGGCCUGGAGUCCCGCGGCAUCCUCCGUAAGAUGAGUGACCUGCUGGAGCUGAUGGUGAAGCGCAUGGACACACUGGCCAGACUGGAGAACAGCAGCGAGCCACACCGGGCUGCUGGCGACCGGCACUUUGCUGUGGACAGGUUUCCGCCUGGGGCCGGCCUCAUGGAGCGGAUCCAGGCCAUCGCCCAGAACGUCUCGGACAUCGCCGUGAAGGUGGACCAGAUUCUGCGCCACAGCCUGCUCCUGCACAGCAAGGUGUCUGAAGGCCGGCGGGACCAGUGUGAGGCACCCAGUGACCCCAAGUUCCCUGACUGCUCAGGGAAGGUGGAGUGGAUGCGAGCCCGCUGGACCUCUGACCCCUGCUACGCCUUCUUUGGGGUGGACGGCACCGAGUGUUCCUUCCUCGUCUACCUCAGUGAGGUCGAGUGGUUCUGCCCCCCGCUGCCCUGGAGGAACCAGACAGCCCGUCAGACGGCCCCCAAGCCCCUCCCCAAAGUCCAGGCGGUUUUCCGGAGCAACCUGUCCCACCUCCUGGAGCUGAUGGGCAGUGGGAAGGAAUCCCUAAUCUUCAUGAAGAGACGGACCAAGCGGCUCACAGCACAGUGGGUGCUGGCUGCCCAGCACCUGGCACGGAAGCUGGGCGGCAUCCAGAGGGACCAGAAGCAGAUCCUCGUCCACAUUGGCUUCCUGACGGAGGAGUCUGGGGACGUGUUCAGCCCGAGGGUGCUGAAGGGUGGGCCUCUAGGGGAGAUGGUGCAGUGGGCAGACAUCCUGGCCACCCUCUACGUCCUGGGCCACAGCCUGCGGAUCACAGUGUCCCUGAAGGAGCUGCAGAGUAACUUAGGGGUGCCGCCAGGCCGGGGGAACUGCCCGCUCACCAUGCCCCUGCCGUUCGACCUCAUCUACACCGACUACCACGGCCUGCAGCAGAUGAAGCAGCAUAUGGGGCUCUCCUUCAAGAAGUACCGGUGCCGAAUCCGGGUCAUUGACACCUUCGGGACAGAACCUGCAUACAACCACGAGGAGUACGCCACACUGCACGGCUACCGGACCAACUGGGGCUACUGGAACCUCAACCCCAAGCAGUUCAUGACCAUGUUCCCUCACACCCCGGACAACUCCUUCAUGGGCUUCGUGUCGGAGGAGCUGAACGAGACGGAGAGGCAGCUCAUCAAAGGUGGCAAGGCCGGCAACAUGGCUGUGGUGUAUGGCAAGGAGGCGAGCAUCUGGAAGGGAAAGGAGAAAUUCCUGGGCAUUCUGAACAAGUACAUGGAGAUCCACGGCACCGUGUACUACGAGAGCCGGCGGCCCCCCGAGGUCCCGGCCUUCGUGAAGAACCAUGGCCUCUUGCCACAGCCCGAGUUCCAGCAGCUGCUGCGCAAGGCCAAACUCUUCAUCGGGUUUGGCUUCCCCUACGAGGGCCCGGCCCCACUGGAGGCCAUCGCCAACGGCUGUGUCUUCCUGCAGUCCCGCUUCAGCCCGCCCCACAGCUCCCUCAACCACGAGUUCUUCCGAGGCAAGCCCACCUCCCGAGAGGUGUUCUCCCAGCACCCCUAUGCAGAGAGCUUCAUCGGCAAGCCCCAUGUGUGGACUGUCGACUACAACAACUCAGAGGAGUUUGAAGCAGCCAUCAAAGCUAUCCUGAGAACCCAGGUGGACCCCUACCUGCCCUACGAAUACACCUGUGAGGGGAUGCUGGAGAGAAUCCACGCCUACAUCCAGCACCAGGACUUCUGUGCAGCCGCAGGCCCUGCCCCGCCUGGGGCCCGAGCCCCACAGAGCCCCUUCAUCCUGGCCCCCAACGCCACCCACCUGGAGUGGGCCCGCAACACCAGCCUGGCCCCCGGCGCCUGGCCCCCGGCACGCUCCCUCCGGGCCUGGCUGGCCGCUACUGGGAGGGCCUGCACCGAUGCCUGCCUGGACCACGGGCUGAUUUGUGAGCCCUCCUUCUUCCCCAUCCUCAACAGCCAGGACGCCUUUCAGAAGCUGCAGGUGCCCUGUGACAGCACCGAGUCGGAGAUGAACCACCUGUACCCCGCCUUCGCGCAGCCGGGCCAGGAGUGCUUCCUGCAGAAGGAGCCUCUGCUCUUCAGCUGCGCCGGCUCCAGCACCAAGUACCGCCGGCUCUGCCCCUGCCGGGACUUCCGCAAGGGCCAGGUGGCCCUGUGCCAGGACUGUCUGUGAGGGCGCCCACCUGGCUGGCCCUCCCUGCUGUGGGAGAAGGCACCAGCAGAUUCCAAGCUCCAGCGGCCUGCCCUCUCCCCGAUGCCACCGAACCGGAGCGUCCUUCCUUGGCCAGGAAGUGGGUAGAGCAGACUUGUGCACAGGUCGGAGGAGGAAGGUGCUUCAUCCAAGUGCCGGAUGCCCACCCCAGGCAGCCUCCUCGUUCUUAUCCCUGGGGCUCAGGGCAGCACCAUGGCCAGCCAGCUGCGGGCUGGUCAGAGGGCCCCAGUGGCCCAGGAGCAGGUGGUCUGCAGCCCCCUUGCUGUGUGCCAGGCCAGUUCUGGACCAGAUCGAGAGAGGACCCUGCCUUCUGCAGCCCUGGGGCCUCUGGACGCAAGAGAGGGAGUGGAGCGAUGCUUCGCCAAUGGCCUGCUGAAGGGUCCAGGGAGUGGGCAGUGAUGCACGAGGGGGCGUGGUGGGCCCUGUCCCUCGGGAGUUGUUUGGAGUAGAGACAGAAGGGGUAGGGGGCCCUGCUCAUAGCUCCCCUCAGCCCCACCGCUCCUGCUUUCCCCAGCUCCCCCUCCCUUCUGCACUCGGGACCACAGGCAGGCGCAGGAACCACCUAGACUCUGGGUUCACCUGUUUUCCUCUCCUGCUUGAUCCAACUCUCUUCACUUUGGGCUUCUCCUGAAACCCACCUGGCAUGACUGCAAUUCCAGACCAUGGAUUUGUUUCCAAAGUCCCCAGCCCCAGCCCCAGCCUCUGAGGACAGGCUCUGGAACCCCCCCCCCCUCCCCCAGCAUCUCUGUAGACAAAGGCCUGGGAAGGCACUUCAGCCCCACCGGCCCAACUCCUGGCUGCCCAGACCGCCAGCCCCAGGCAGCCCCCACCCCGCCGAUGCUGUGUCUGCCUCCUUCCUCUAGCUUCAAACCACCCAUCUCUGUGCGGCAUGCCUGCCCCAGCCCAGGACACCCCUUCCCCUGACCCUGUGCUCAGCGCCUGCCUGUUACGCAGGCCAGGCCUUCAGAAACACUGCCACCCACCCCCGUUUUAUAAUCCCGCUCCUUCACUGGGAAACCCACCCCCACACCGAGGCCUGCCCAUCCACCUUCCCGGGAGGCAGGGCAGGGCCCUGAGGGCUGGGGAGGCGAACCAGCCUGCCAAGGGACAGGCACGAUGCCUCCCGUUGGGAGCCCUCUCCUGCCUGGGUGGCUGUGCAGCCACAGAAACUCAGUGGUCCCCAAGGACUGGACCUGUUGGGGAAAGCAAUAGAGACACUUUUCUCUCUUUUUUUAAAGAUUUAUUUCUUGAAAUAAAUAUUUUAUUGGGAUGUGAGGUGCAGAGGAGGGCCUGGGCUGCUUCUCAUCUUUUCCUGGGACACCCAGGGCCAGAGGCGUGAGGCGGUAUGAAUGCCCGGGACAGGCAUGCGUGCUUGGGGCCCUAGGCCUCCGCUCCAUGCUGUCCCUGGAGCACGUGGGGUGUGUGUGUGGUGGUGGGUGCUCUGCAGAGCUGGCGCGUGCUGUGCCAGGCUGCCCAGAGCGCAUCCCUGCACAUGCCAGAGAGCCGUGGGCCCCACCCAGCUGCCCCAGUGCUGUGGCUCCAGGGACCCUGCUUGACAGCUCUGUUCGCCUCAGGCUGGCCUCUGAUGGCUGUGGUGCUGGGAGAUCAGAGAACACAAAGAAUCUGAUGCAAACCUGAGCCAGACUGUGAUAAGACUAAAUAAAUUUUCCUGGGCGUUUUCUGUGCUGCAGACCCUGAGCUGAGAGUUUGACCCAUGACUUGCCACUUUAUGGGCUAGGCCACCCACCAGGUAGGUACUACCACAUGCCCAUUCUGUAGGUGAGAAAACGGGGGCACAGAGAGUUAAGUAACUUGCCCAGGGCCACACAGCUUGAG